GAUAGAGGGCGAAGCACAGGUGAGGGCAAAGAAGGUCGAGGAAGUGAAUGGGGACUAAAAGAAAAUGGCGGCGCCCUGCCGAGGGACAUAGAUCUCUUAAAAGAAGCUGCUCGCAGCAUGAAAACUUUGCUCUCACAUUGUCUUCACCGCUCUGUUUUCGAGAUGUUCCACGUCAGGUUCAUCCUGACCGUCUCCAGAUGUCACAAGACUGCCUCAAUGCCGAGGAGAUUGUCGUUUAUGAGUGCUGGUGUCUUGCAGGGCAACAUACGGACUUUCUCUACCCCUGGGGACCGAGGCAAGGACUCUUCAGAAGUUAUGAGGGGUAAUGAGGGGAAGGGUCGCGGCCAAGACGUACGUUCUCCCGAGGAUUUGUUUGAAGGUGUCGCUGUCCCACGGAGAGACAAGGAAACCUUCCAGAGGGUGUUGUCAACCUACUGCGGCCGUGAGCCCCGGCGCAGGAACCACGUGGACUUCAUCUACGCAGCCCUGCGCAAGAUGCCGGAGUUUAGCGUGGAGAGGGAUGUGUCCGUCUACAACCGGCUGCUGGAAGUCUUCCCCAAGGAAGUCUUCGUGCCCCGGAACUUCAUCCAGAGGAUGUUCAACCACUUCCCAAGGCAGCAGGAAUGUGCCGUGCAGGUCCUGGAGCAGAUGGAAGCAUACGGGGUGUUGCCCAGCGUGGACACCAAGGUUUUACUGAUCGAGAUAUUUGGAAAUAAAAGCCAUCCUCUACGGAAGUAUCAGCGGAUUCUUUACUGGUUCCCCCGGUUCUCCCACGCCAACCCCUUCCCGUUCCCCCGACCACUCCCAACACAACCUGUGGAGCUGGCGAAGAUCGCUCUGCAGCGGACCCUGGGCUAUCAGCAGGCAGAGAUCACCGUGUAUCAGCACCCAGAGGAAGUUGAGGAUGAAAAUGGACAGAAGAUUCACAUUCCCCAUCUUGUAGGUAUCCAGAACAAUGAGCAAAAGACUCUUCUCAGUCACCAUCACCCUGGGAAGCCUGUAUAUGUGGACGGGCCGUUUACCGUUUGGUUGGGACGAGUUUCCCUCGAGUAUUUUGUUCUUCGAGGUGACCCGCCGAGCCCAGAGUCGGAGGCAACCCGGAAGGUCGACCCAGAACGCAGCCUCUACUACCCGUUGGAGAUGACCUUCGACCUGGAGCGCGACCUUGGGGAGGUCAACGAACCGGAGGUUGAGAAAGUUGUGGAGGGUCCCAUCUUUGCGCUCUGCCACUCCCCCUCUCCCCUCCCCUCCUCUCUCUCCCCCUGGAUCAGCGCCUUGCGGGAAUCAAACCGGUCGCUCGAGGGAUGCCCCGUUCUCUUCCGCCUCUCCAGGACCUCCAGCGAGCUGGCAGCAGGGGCAGUGGGGCAGGGGGAGGGGACGGGACAGCAUCGAAUGCACGACUGAAGGAGGGAGGGGAGAGAGGGAG